CAGGCGCCUGGGUCCGCUCGACCACGCACAUCGGCUCCCUCUUAUCCUUCUAGCCUCCGCGUCUGUCAAUGUAGACCACCUGCAAGCCAAGUUGCCGGAGCGGGCUCUGUGCAGAUAAGUAUCCACGACCGCGUGCACAGCCAUGUCCACGCGCGAAGGCGACAGUGAUGGGCCAGCUCUCCUGAGCGCGGAGACGGCGCCUCUACUUGGACGUGAGCCCACAACCGGCAGCCCGUCCGCACAGCACAUCCCGCCACAGGAACACGGGCUCAAGCCACAAUCUCGCUGCGAUUGGCACUGGUUUUCCGUCGUCGCCCUCGUCAUUGUGACAUCCAUCGUCUCGGACAUCGGUGAAGAUUUGUACGGCGCGCCGCGACUUCGACUGUUCGAGUCAGCCAUCUGCAAGCGCUACUAUGCCGAGCACAACCCUCUCCUCAUCGACCCCGAAGGUAGUGUCCCUGAGAGGCACUGCAAGGUCGAUCCAGUCCAGGAACGCCUCGCUGAGCUCUUGGGCUGGCUGUACUUCUCAAACAGCGUGCCGGCCAUCCUGCUCCCCAUCCCGUACGGCUACCUCGCUGACAAGUACGGCCGUCGAUGGAUUUUGGUCGGAGUAGUCGAGGCACCGACUGGCCUGGUCUGCCUGUCUUCUCUGUUCUUUCUCCUCGGCGGCGGCCCAACAACCGGGACCACUCUGCUCACAACCAUUGUUGCAGAUGUGGUGCCAUCUGAGCUGAGGGCCACAGUGUUCUUCUACCGGUUUUGCACCGACCUAGUCGCAGACCUCACACUUCCGCCAGUCACUGCCUAUCUCAUGCCAGUCGACAUUUGGGUUCCUUUGCUUGGGGGUGUCAUGUUUCAAGGCAUCGCUGCUUUGAUGACCGCCAUGAUACCCGAGACUCUACCGUAUCCGCUCACGCCGCGUGGCACUACUACUGGUCCGGGGAGCCUGGCCGUGCCGCAACCUGUACCAAGCAGUCAGUCAGAAACAUCAAAGCGAGCAACAGUCUACCAAGGCUUUAGAUCCCUCGUGCGGGAGACCGCAGCCUCUUUUAGCUUUGUCACAAGCCACUCCGCCAUUCGCGGUCUGGUUUUGACAUUUCUGAUCUCAAAGGUCGGCAGCCAAUCGACAAAUGUGCUCUACCAGUACGUCUCGAAACGCUAUGGCUGGGCCUUGUCCAAGCUAUGACUACUGCUCUCUGUCCGUGCUGCUGUUAACAUUAUGCUUUGCACUGCUAUGCUACCCGCUCUGUCGAGAUACUUGCUA